AUGGCGCAACAGGUGCAAUGCGGCCAACCGGUGGAGCAUCAUAACAAUGCGACAGCGCUGUCUGUGUACAAGUGUGGCACCAAUAGUCACACCCCACAUCCAUCAGAUGAGAACGUGCUUGGACAGAACCGGUUGCAUUGUCAGUCUCAGACGAGCGGACAGCAUCAGCCAAUAGUGGCAAAGGUCGGCGGUGACAUCACCUUGCCAUGUCACGUGAAACCUGCCACGGACGUCUUUGACGAGAUGAUGGAGUGGUCAAGAUCUGAGCUGAAGCCCAGAUUUGUCCACGUAAGGCGGUCAGGUGAAGACCUUCUCGCCAAUCAGAAUCCGUCCUACCAGGGCAGGACGUCAGUGUCCGUGGACAGACUGAAGCAAGGAGACGCAUCACUGACGCUCUCCAAAGUGAAACUCUCCGAUGAGGGAAAGUACAGAUGCUUCAUUCCGAGGUUAAAUGCAGAAUCCAGCGUGCAGCUUGUUGUUUGUGCCGUCUCCUCACCUGUCAUCAGUUCAGCGGGGAUCGAUGAAGCCACCAGAGGACUGGUUCUGCAGUGUGAGUCUGCAGGCUGGUAUCCAGAGCCUGAGGUGUUGUGGCUGGACGGUGAGGGACACGUCCUCUCUGCUGGACCUACAGAGACAGUCAGAGGUCCUGAUGACCUCUAUACUGUCAGCAGCAGAGUGACUGUGGACAAGAGACACAGCAACAGCUUCACCUGCAGAGUCCAACAGAACCACAUCAACCAGACCAGAGAGAUGAUUUCUUCCCGGACUCGUCGGGUUCAUCUGCGUCUGCUGUUGUUGGUGUGA